AUGCAUGCCUUUGAACGCGGAAGAGGAGAAAUAACGGCAUUCAAGAGUUUUUCAUGUGGUCGAAUGGCCGAGACGAAGAAAAUGAUAGAAGUAGAAAGAAGUUGUGCACCUGGUCUAAUGGUCACAAAAGAGGAAGAAAAUGAUAAGGCUGUAAAAAGAAGUCGAAUGACUGCAAUUGUUAAAGAAUUAAUUAUUUAUCCGAUUAAAUCGUGUAGCGGAAUUCGAGUUGAUGAAGCAAUAACAACCGAAUAUGGUCUUGCUUUACCAUCGAAUGUUCUACUAUCUGAUAGACGUUGGAUGAUUAUAAAAAAUGGUAAACAUCAAACACAAACACAAAUAUCUAAAAUGGCUACUAUACAACCGGAGUUUGUGCCUGAUGGUUUAUUGUUAAAAGCACCAAACAUGCCCAAUUUAGCAAUAUCGGUGAAUCCACCGCCAACAGAAAUAAUUGAGUUCAAAUGUUAUGAUGUGUCAAUUAAUGGACGAAAAUAUGGUGAAAAUGUUUCACAAUGGUUGUCAACUUAUCUUGGAAAACAAAAUUUGCAUUUAGUUUACUUUGAUAAUCAAUUUCAAUGUCGAUUAAGUAAAGACAUGGAACCAGAAAUACCAACAGAAGCUCGUGAAACAGAUCUAUUGGCCUACCAAGAUAUAAGUCCAUUACUUUUAUGUUCUAUAGAGUCUGUACAGGAUUUGAAUAAACGAUUAGAAAAGCCAGUGAAAGAUUAUUGGCGAGUGAUGACAAUCGGAGGAGCAAAAAUGACCUGGAUUCGACCAUGUUUAAGAUGUUUGAUGACGACAAUUAAUCAGAAAACAGGUGAAAGAGAUCGGGAUUACGAACCAUGGAAAACAUUGAGAAGUUAUCGUCUCAAACCAGAAAUGUAUGGGAAAGAACCACAGUUUGGAAUCUAUGUAGCACCUGACGAGUAUGGUCUCAUGCGGCUUGGUGAUGAAAUCAAGAUUUCAGUCGAAAAUCAAAACUUUUAA